CAAUCACAGCCACAGACCUCUGCUUCCUCUGCCGGUGAGCCCGGGGCCUGGCGGCGCGGGCCACUUCCUCCUGAGUCGGCACAGCGAGCGCCAGCCCUGGGGCCCAAGGCCCGGCAGUUCGAGACUCUGGAGAGGAAGCCCCUGGAGCAGCCCAGGUGGAGCCGGAGACCUUAGGGCCGGCAGGGCCCCACGGCGGGGCCAUGGCGGAGCUGCAGCAGCUGCGGGACUUUGAGAUCCCCACGGGCCGGGAGGCACUGCGGAGCAACUACAGCGCCCUGCUGCGGGUCGCUGACUACUGCGAAGACAACUACGUGCAGGCCACGGACAAGCGGAAGGCUCUGGAGGAGACCAUGGCCUUCGCCACUCAGGCCCUGGCCAGCGUCGCCUACCAGGUGGGGAACCUGGCUGGGCACACACUGCGCAUGCUGGACCUGCAGGGUGUGGCCCUGCGGCAGGUGGAAGCCCGCGUGAGCACGCUAGGCCAGAUGGUGAACAUGCACUUGGAGAAGGUGGCCCGAAGGGAGAUCGGCACCUUGGCCAUGGUGCAGCGCCUGUACCCCGGCCAGAAGGUGGUCGCUCCUGAGAGCCUGCCCCCGCUCGAACCCUACUGCAGGAGACCCAUCAACUUUGGCUGCCUGGAUGACAUCGGCCAUGGGGUGAAGGACCUGAGCACGCAGCUGUCUCGGACCGGGACCCUGUCGCGCAGGAGCAUCAAGGCGCCAGCCACUCCAGCCUCAGCCACUCUGGGGAGGGCGCCCCGAAUCCCUGAGCCCGUGCAGCUCCCCGCACUGCCGGAUGGCCUCCUGUCCGCCGCCUCCUCCGCUUCAUCGCUGGCCUCGGCAGGCAGCACCGAGGGUGUCUCCGGGGUGCCCCCCUCCACAGGGCAGGCGACACCCCCAGCCCCGCCGCCUCUGCCCCCGUGCGCUGAGGAGGGCUUUAUACCGCCACCGCCACCAGAGCUGCCCCCGCCCCCGGAGGAGCUCAGCGACCUGGAGUUGCCCCCGCCCCCGCCUGGCUUUGGACCGGAAGAGCCCAGCUGGGCUCCCGACGUCUACUUGGAGAAAGUGGUGACGCUGUACCCGUAUGCCAGCCAGAAGGACAACGAGCUCUCCUUCGCCGAGGGCGUGAUCAUCUGUGUCACCCGCCGCUACUCCGAUGGCUGGUGCGAGGGAGUCAGUGCCGAGGGCACCGGCUUCUUCCCAGGGAACUACGUGGUGCCCAGCUGCUAACCAGGGCUGAGGCAGGAGGUCCCUGUCCUAUCCCCUCCCUGUGGCCACGGGGUAGGGGCCCCAGGCCUGCUGCAGUGGACCGGAGCUGGAGACCUCAGCGCUGUGAUCACGUCCACUGGCCCCUCAUCCCUGGGGUGUGGGAUCCCCAGCCCCAAGCAAUGACUCUGAAUAAAGCUCCCCGACCUGCUCAUGACACCCUCCCGGGCUGGGGACGGCCCAUGGGGAGAGGGACUAAAUGCAGCCUCAGCCCCCUUUCCUGGACUCCAGCCGGCCGUGCCAGCUGCCCCCCCUCGCUCUUGCUGGCCGAGAGCAAAGAGCCUCCGCUGUCCCCAUCCACACAGCACAAGAAAAAAUGAUCUGCCACUCGG